AUGACGGGCCGCGCUCCCCCGGACGCCAGUCUGAGGCUUCAGUGGAUCUUUGGCUACAACGGCGUGGCCAAGCGGAACGUCCAGUUCCUCUCUGAGGACGUCAUCGUCUACUUCACUGCCGGCGUCGGCGUGGUCUACAGGCUCAAGGAGCGGGAGCAGAAGUACUUUCACGGUCACAACGACGAUAUCACAUGUUUGGCUGUGAGCGGCGACAAGUCCAAGGUGGCCACCGGACAGAUCGGGGAUGACCCCUACGUCUGUGUGUGGCACCCGCACACCAUGGAGACACUCUCCGUGCUCAAGGACGGACACAUGAACGGCAUCCGACGCGUCCAGUUCAACAGCGACGGAAAGCUGCUGGCGUCGCUGGGUAUGGACGAUCCGAGCACCCUGGUGGUCUGGAGCUGGCAGAGCGGGGUCAGCGUAGCCUCUAACACGGCCCACUCAGCGCGCGUGGUCGACCUCUGCUGGAGCCCCUACAGGGAGAACGAGCUGGCCACCUGCGGCGAGCACCACCUCCGCAUCUGGCAACAGCUCGGAAACAGCUUCAAGUCCCACGGGGCAGUGUUCGGGGACUCGAGCCGCGCACUGACGCCGGUCCGCACUGGUUCCAGGUCCCACGGGGCAGUGUUCGGGGACUCGAGCCGCGCACUGACGCCGGUCCCACGGGGCAGUGUUCGGGGACUCGAGCCGCGCACUGACGCCGGUCCGCACUGGUUCCAGGUCCCACGGGGCAGUGUUCGGGGACUCGAGCCGCGCACUGACGCCGGUCCGCACUGGUUCCAGGUCCCACGGGGCAGUGUUCGGGGACUCGAGCCGCGCACUGACGCCGGUCCGCACUGGUUCCAGGUCCCACGGGGACUCGAGCCGCGCACUGACGCCGGUCCGCACUGGUUCCAGGUCUCACGGGACAGUGUUCGGGGACUCGAGUCGCGCACUGACGCCGGUCCGCACUGGUUCCAGGUCCCACGGGGACUCGAGCCGCGCACUGACGCCGGUCCGCACUGGUUCCAGGUCUCACGGGACAGUGUUCGGGGACUCGAGUCGCGCACUGACGCCGGUCCGCACUGGUUCCAGGUCCCACGGGGCAGUGUUCGGGGACUCGAGCCGCGCACUGACGCCGGUCCGCACUGGUUCCAGGUCCCACGGGGACUCGAGCCGCGCACUGACGCCGGUCCGCACUGGUUCCAGGUCUCACGGGACAGUGUUCGGGGACUCGAGCCGCGCACUGACGCCGGUCCGCACUGGUCCCACGGGGCAGUGUUCGGGGACUCGAGUCGCGCACUUACACUGACCGGCGUUCUCUACAUCUCCGAGAAGACGCUGGUGACCGGCACCGAGAAAGGGCAGCUGUACAUCUGGAGGGACAAACAGCUGCACGAAAUCAUCGAGGAGGCGCACGAGGGUCCGGUGUUCUGUAUGGCGCUGGCUCGGGAAGGUUUGGUCACCGGAGGGGAAGACGGUCACGUGAAGAUGUGGACGGCCCACUUUGACGUCAGCAAAACGGUCGUAGCUCGCAGUCCGUCACUUCACAGUAAUGGAGCUGUAACAUCUGUCUCCUGGGACCACGGAAAGUUUCUAUUCGGCACAAAGCUGAGUGAGAUAUUCAUCCACCACGACGGGGUGAACGAGUGUUACAUGCAGGGUCACGGCAAGGGGGAGCUCUGGGGCCUGGCCCCGUUCCCGGAAAACUACAAAUUCGCCACCGCCGGAGAGGACCACACCGUUAGGAUCUGGGAUGUGGAGAAGCGGGAGCUGCUGGAGACCACGCGGCUCGACCUGGCCGCCAUGUCCUGUGCCGUCUCACCAGACUCGACCCAAGUCGCCGUCGGACUCAAAUUCGGCACCGUCGUCAUACUCAACGCCAAAGACAUGAGUGAGGAGGUGCGUUUCGUCGACCGUCGUGAGGACAUCUCGGAGCUGAAGUUCUCCCCGGACGGCUCUCUGCUGGCGGUCGGCUCUCACGACAGUAUUGUGGACCUGUGA